AUGAACAGAAGAAAGAGUCCGAUCUACAAAUCACCAGGAUUAAGUCCAAAUAUCAAGCCUGGGCUAUUUUCAAAUCCAUCGGAAUUGAAUAAAUUGAAUAAAUAGAAAACUGUAAAAGUUGACGAAUCUUAAUCGCCUCUGUUGAAAGAGAGCAAAGAAACAAAAAUACCUCCGAAACUGCAAAAGAGUUACAGUGCCACUAAAUUAUUCAGCAACAAUAUUAAAGUGGCGAAAUAAUAACCUGAGGAGAAAGAUGAUAAGAUCAUGGAAACCUUAUAGAAAUUGUUGAAGGAAUUGAUGGAAUUCAAUGAAAACAUUGAUUAAAGCCAAGUAACUAAUAUUGAAGAAUGGUGCUGUGAAAUCUUGGAGAAAUUAAACUAGAUUAAAGCAAAUAUAGAAAGAAAGGAAGAUCAUUCUGCUUGUGAUGCUUUGAUGUAAUAAGAUAUAUUGACAAAGUUAUUGAAAGAACUCUAGGAGGAAAAGAAGGAGCGUUAUAGAAUUGAAGAGGAAGCCACCAAUCUCAUUACAGAGUAGGAGAUUGAAAUAAAUCGAUUGGAGAAGGAGCUGAGAUUAUUGGAAGAGAAACACUAAUUAUAAUGAUAUUAAAAAUAUAAUCUGUUAAAAUUU